AUGAAGAUUAAUUUUUCUUUUAAUAAAAAAAAUAAAAAUGAAAAUAAAAAUGAAGAUAAAAAAGUAGUGGAUAUUUUUUCGUUGUCUGAUGAUGAAGAAACUUUUGACUUUGAAAAUAAUCAGAACAAAAAAAUUGAAGAAGAAAAAAAAAAAGAAAUUGAAAGAGAAAUAAAAGAAUAUAUUUAUGAACAUGAAAAUCCUAUAAAAGAAAAAUGUAACAAGAAGGAACCUGAAAAGAAUCAAAAAGAAGGCAAAAAGAAAAUACUUUAUCUAGGAUAUAAAGGCGAAGAGUUAACAAAGUUAAACAACGAAAAAAUAAAUACAAGAGAAAAUAGAAUAUGCCCUCAAAAAUAUAAAAAAGAAGGAGAACGAAAUAAAAGGGAUGAAGAUCAAAAAUGUGACAAAUAUUAUAAGGAAGAAUAUAAAGGCAAAUGCGAGAAGAGUAAAAAUAAAAAACAUGGGGAAAAUUAUGAAACUAAAAAUAUGCUCAAUAAAGAAGAAAGAGAAAAAGAUAUUAGUAUAGAUGAAAUAUUUAUGAAAAAAGAUAACAAUCAAACAAAUAAAUCCAAAUAUAUGAAUGCUUUAAUUAAUAGUACAAAAAGGAGAGCAUUAGAAAAAGAAAUAUUAAUUCAGAAAAAAUUAAAAAUUGAUACUAAAAAGGAGGAAAAAGUAUUUAUAACUAACGCAUAUAGAAAAAAAAUGAUGGAUAGAGAAUUAAUCAAAAAAGACAUAGAAGAACAAAAAGAAAAUAUAAGAGAUACUCAGCCUAAUUAUAAUUUAAACUUAUUUUUAAAAAAUAUGAAUAUUCCAUCAAGUUAUAAUAGAAAUAACAGAAAAUCUUACUAUGACACUUCCAAUAUAAGUGAUUAUGAAAAGUUUUAA